UAACAGACCAAGUCGCACUUAACUUCAUCGGAAUCGUGACCUUAGGAAAGUCGAUCACAAUUACAAGUGUAGUAGUAGGCUAAAAGAUUGACGACGUCCCCUCAUCAACAGUAUGUCGGAGCAGCAGCGUACGGACGAGGCUCCACAGUUGGGCGUCUAUCUCAUCAUACGGUAUGAGUCGUCAUUAUAUCAGAGGUUCCUCAACGAUAUCAUAGCCGGCAGAUCUGUGCUCGAGAACUACGGAGGGCGACUGACCUGUGUCGCGAGUGAGGUAGAGCUGGUUGAGAAUUUCUGGCCCGGUCAGAAACUGCCGGCCAUGUUGUGGUUCCCGGCAGAGGACUUGGCAGAACGCUGGCUGGCCAGUGACAAAGUGAUCAAACAGCCUGACUGGCUCAAUNAACUUACAGAACCAAGGGAAUGA